UGAUCAUACCUGCGUUCGUCUUCAGGAAGUUUCCUCACAGACCCACGCUACGGAAUCUGUAGUACGGAUAAACGUGAAUGUUUUAUUUUUUUCUUAGUCGAAGUGUUAAAGAUGUGAAUUUUGGAGGAUCUGGCACCUACACCGCAACGUCAUUACACAUGCUUCAUGGAGAUAAUCUUGAAAAUGGAGUCCUCGUUGUCAGCAUCCUUCGAUGUCAAUAAAAGAAAGAAAAAUGAGGAUCAUUAUCAUCACCACCACGCGGCAAAGAGGGUCAAAAGUGAAAAUGCCAGUGUUGACGAGACGGAGAAAGUUGAACCGCGGAUCUCUGUGCUUCCCAACUAUCUCCCAAAUCCCAUCAAAGUCGAGGAGCUGACAGAGCUCCUGCACUACGCCGCUCUGGGAGGGACAAAUACAGUCAAACAGCCAAGUUGGUGUAGUCUCCAAGGACAAAGGUACAUCAAUGUAGUGGCGGUGGAGGGCGUGAGUCAAAGUGACUUUUACAGACACUACAUGAUUCUCAAGAACCUGAGGACCAAGUACAGCAAUAGAUUGACCUUCACGGCGUCUACCAGCAGUUGCAGCCUGCUUUCUACAAUAUUCAGCAGUGAAGUGAACACAUUAGAAAAUUCAUCUGUGAUACAGGAACAGAAGGACAACAGCAAGCUGCACAAAGUGUUAAGGACUCAUCCGGUGAUCCGCAAGUAUGGUACUGGCAAGAGUGGCCCAAAGGCCUACAUGCUCACCCAGGAGGAGUUGAUAAAGCGGCAUUACCCUGUAAAAGGGAUGCCGGGCUUCGAGGAUUUCGCGUGCAUUGACUGUGACGAUGCCACAGACGACAGCCCUCUCUUCGGACUUGACUGCGAAAUGUGUCUCACAGUGAAGGGCUACGAGCUGACCCGAGUGUCCCUGGUGGAUAGUGAGGGAACGUGCCUGAUGGAUCAGCUGGUUAAACCUGACAACAAAAUACUCAACUACCUCACUCAGUUCUCUGGCAUCACGGCAGGCAUGUUGCGUCCGAUCAGAACCACCCUGCGUGAUGUCCAAGUAACGCUGAGGGCGCUGUUGCCUCGCGAUGCCAUCCUGGUGGGUCACAGCAUCAAUAAUGACCUAGUGGCUCUCAAGCUGAUCCACCCUCACGUGAUUGAUACGUCGCUGCUGUACAGGAGGGAGUCUGGCCAGAAAUUCAAGUUGAAGCUUCUGGCCGAGGUGGCACUCGGCAGGAGUAUCCAGACGCAGGAGGAGAAAGGACACAAUCCCGUGGAGGACGCCUUAGCCGCCUUGGAUCUUGCAAAAUACUUCAUAAGAAAAUCGCCUCUUAAAGUUGUUGAGGAUCACCUGAAAGAACUUUGGGGGUUGACAGUGGAAGAAGAGUCCACACAGUGUCAAACAACAGAGCCCUCUCCCAGUAGGAGGUUUGCAGACGUAUUGCAGCGUCUUGGGAGGUCUGUUUGCUAUGUGGGAAAACGCUGUGACAUCACAUUACACCCUGCCAAUCAGCAGUGGCACAAUUCGGACAAAGAGAUUGUGGCGUCUUUCCGAAGAGUGAGCACGCAUCCCUUCUUCUCUGUGCUUCGCUUGUCAUCCUUUUCAAACGUUCACCCUCCUCUGGAUCACAAGCUGAGGUGGCAACUUCGCGACAUGUGCGUAGUGUUUGCUGGACCAAUUCCGUCUGGUUUCUCUGAGAAAGAAGUGAGGCGACUUUUUCGCUGCUGUGGAUCGGUCAGGACUGUGAAAAUGCUGAAUACCACACACAGGAUGCAUGCUGUGGUGGAGUUCAAACUUCUUGAAGGAGCUUCACUGGCACUGCAAAUGCUGAAUGGUGCCACAGUGCAUGGACACACUAUGAAAGUUCAUAGACCCGUCAACGAGUCCACACUGGACUUUGACGUGACUCUGGACGCAUUGAUGAGGGACGCAGCAAACGCAUGCCGCCUCUACACGCUCAAACUGAACCUUCAUACGACCUCAAACGGUCACUCCCCCAACAGCAAGUUUGUGGUGAACGGCCGGACAGCUGCGUCACUUCCAGUCAAAAAGAGCGAGCUGAGCGAGGAGACUCUGACAAAAAUGUUCAGCCGCUUUGGUGUCAUAGAGCGCGUCGUCAUGAUGGGCAAACCUGGAAGACGGGCAAGACAAGCUUACAUACAGUUUGAGCAUUCCGAGGGGAAACUGGCAGCUGUUGAGUCCUCUGAGGAACUUUGGCAGGAGAAGUUCAUUGCAUGUCCUGCUCUCACUCCAGCGCACGCCACCUUUGAGCAGCUAGAUGAAGGUCCACACGAUUUAACAGACCGAACGCACCAGAGACCUCAGGACAUGGCUGUGUGUCACAUGAUGAAGAAGCUGGAUACGCGCUUGGGCAAAAUCUUUGCAUCUCUCCCCGAACACACUUUGUCUGUGGUGUUGCUGCUUGCUCACAACAGUGCUCAUGAGCCACCGUCACUUGGUUUAUGCCUUAUGGAGAUGAAGCGUCAAAAGUCAUAAAACCAUAACCUGUUUUCAAAAGACUCAUUUUAACUUAAAAUGAAUCUCCUGUGGUGUCCAAACUGUGUCCAAGUUGUUAUUUCCCACAGCAAAUAAUAAAAAUAUAAUUGAAUAUGAACCACACAAGAAACUUGAGUUCAGGUUACAUUCAGUUGCCCUUCUUAGCUUCAACACUAGAAACAGCACCUCUCAGUUAGCUCAGGGGUCAAAACCUGACAACAUCUUGAAAUUAAUGUAGGCAAUCGUAGAAUUCCAGCUGGUGAAUGAGACUAGUAAUAGAGUAGUCCUCAUGAGUCAUUUUUAUGUGAAAUAUACCAUAAUUUUCAGACUAUAAGCCACUACUUUUUUCCUCUGCUUUAAACCUUGCAGUUUAUAGUCCAGUGUGUCUUAUAUGUGGAUUUUUACAGGCCAGUGAGCUGCACGUCUUAAGCAGGGUCGUCGAAAGAAAGUAUCAACACAUGACAUGUAAAAGUCACCACAUGCUUCCUCGUGGACAACACACCCACUCCACCAAUGGUAAAUUAGAGCAAAGAGUUAAAAUUUAAAUAUUGAAUAUUC